GUAUGAGUAAAAAAAUGGAGUAUAAGAGUAGAAUAUGAUGGAGUUGCUGUUCUCUCUCAGUGUCACACUCAUCCAUUAACAUACUUCAUUACAGUCUCAUGCUCUCACCUCCCAAUGGAUCCUCCUCUCAUCACUGACUCCACAUUCUCCUCUGCUUACACCCUCGCCGAUAUUUGGCUCGGAACCUCCCCUUUUCCCCCUUCCGACCACCAUUUCUCCGAGAAUGACUCUGGUAGCAAUAAACGGAUGAAGGUGGAAGGGUGCAGUGUUAAAAAUGAUGGUUUCAAAGAUGAAGCAGAAACAAGUUCUGUGAGUGGUAACAAGUCAAGUGAACAAAGCACUGUACCUUGUGAGGCACCUAAGCAAGACUAUAUUCACGUGAGAGCAAGAAGGGGCCAAGCUACCGAUAACCACAGUCUAGCAGAAAGAGCAAGAAGAGAAAAGAUCAGUGAGAGAAUGAGAAUUCUUCAGGAUUUGGUUCCAGGGUGUAACAAGGUAAUUGGUAAAGCACUAGUCCUAGAUGAGAUAAUCAAUUACAUACAGUCGCUGCAGCGUCAGGUUGAGUUCCUUUCUAUGAAGCUUGAAGCAGUUAAUUCAAGGAUGAACAUGAGCCCUAACACAGAUGGGUUUCCUUUAAAAGAUGUUGGUGGUACUGGAAUGGUAUUUGGAUCACAAGCAGCAACAGGGUAUGCUCAGGGAUCACAUCCUGGAUGCCUGCAUAUGCAGAUAGGUGGUGGUUUGAGAGAACAACAUGAUUCAGAGGUGUCUCAAGGGAAUGAAACAUCAUUUGAUAGGGCUUCUUCAUCAUACUCAGCCUGCUCUUCCAUCAUUCUCUGAUACUGCAAAGCCUCCAUUUGCACAGCUGCCUUUUCAGCCUGUAGCCGAGUGAUCAUGGCCAUUGC